CGGCAAAACAUACUUAAGCAGCUCCGUUGCAUUUCGAUUACGCGUUACCGAUAGCAGCAACGAUAGUUUCGCUCGGACGUGGUUUUUCCCAUUUGGCAAUGCAGCAAGUUCGCGGAUGUAAUGAGACGCUGAUCUCCCAGUGGGGAAGAAACAAACAAACUUAUAGUCGGAGUCCGCAGGAGUGACCUUAGACGUGCACCUAGCGAAGGAGCUGAAGAAAAUUUCUGCCUGCCCCUACUUUAUGGAUCGAGCUGAUUCUCGCUUGGGCAGAUAUUGAACACAAUCGAGAAGCAUAUAAACGCCAUGUCGACGGCGCAAAAUUCCGCUGAGCCAGCUGAUUUGGCGCUCUUAGUGGGCAGCAACAACAAAAAUGGCAGCCGCAGCAGAAGUGGCGGUACGCCUAGGAAAUAUGCCACCGCCGGAGCCGCAAGUUCCAUCAGAAUGUUCCCCGCCAGUCAAACAUUAAAUACCAACAAUGACCAGAGCCAAAAUCAGCUAAAGUCGAUCUGCCAGCAGGCGCAGGCAGGGCACAAACUAAUGGUCAUUAUGCGCGGUCCGCCAGGCAGUGGAAAGAGCACUCUGGCAGAAUCGGUGCUGCGCCAGGCCCGCCUGCUCGAGAAGCACCACGUGCGAGAUUUCGUUUUCAGCUCGGAUGACUACUUCUGGACGCGGCACGGCUACGAGUUCAAUCCCACCCUGCUGCCAGCCGCCCACGAAUGGAACCAGCAGCGAGUGAGCGAAAAGGCUGCACGCGGAUGGAGCCCCAUCUUCGUGGACAACACCAACACUAUGGUGUGGGAAAUGCAGCCCUACGUCAAGUCCGCUGUUCGCCACGGCUACGUUUUAGAGCUGCUGGAGCCACAGACCAGCUGGUGUAAGUCGGCUAGCAAGCUGGCUCAAAAGAACGUCCACCAAGUCCCGCGGGAGAGCAUCCAACGAAUGCUAGAGCGCUACGAGCGCACCACUGCCGCGGAUCUUAUCCAGCUGUUGAAGGAGACAAAGUACACGGUGGACCUGCCGCAAAUGCGCCAACAUCCGCCCCUUCCAUCUAUGCCAGUCCUUAGUAGUUUUAAGGACAAACCUUUGGAAACCAGAGUUCCAGAGCCAAAGCAAAGCCCCGUUGCGCUGAAUGCCAACGCGCAGAGCUGGGUGCCCUACGAACAAGGUGCACCAUGUUACUGGUCGCAGACAGCAAAUUCAACAGACGUUGGAGACUCGGUGGUCGCGGCAGUUCCGAGCAUUUCAGAUGCUUCGGCCUCAGCAACUUCCGAAGUAUCGCUGAUUGAGCUUCUUCGGGACGAGAGCAAACCAGAAAAGGCGCCAUUAAAAUCAGAGUCCGGUGAGCAAAAGCCCUUGCAAAAGCACUGCUUAGACUGCCAGAAUGAGCCGGCAGGAUUUUCACUCUUGCGUCAGAUGUAUCCCAACAAACAGCUGACAGGCCUCUGGGACCUGUUUGUCAAGUGCCAGGCCGACGUUGACUGGGCCGUCGAUAUCCUGCUCAAAGAGGACGAGCUGAACGCAGCCUCGGGAUCGGAUCAGUUCGGAUUCGAGGAGUCUGGGAAUGCCGAAGAGGCUGCGCAGUUUGAGUGCGACUGCGACAAGUCGGUGAAAAGUCAAGAACUUCCACCUCCUUUCCCUUCGUCACCAACUUUGCAAGCAGCCAAAACCGCACCUAAGCAGCAGCGACAACCCCGCAACAAACGCACUUCGGCGCCCACCAACAAGGAGUUGCAAAUUCAAAUCGAAAACUGCUUUGUGUUAGGUGACGAACAGUACUCGGAGCACACCCGCAAAAUCCGCGAUCUCCGCAACGGUAUUCUCGAUCAACCCAUCGCAUCCAAAUUGCCAGAUGCGCCCGAGGAAGCGGACCAGGAAGAGCCGGAUGAGGAGGACCCUGAAGAUAAUACUCUACUGGAAAUGGAUCUGGGCGCUUCCUUUAUUGAGCAGCUGCGAGCCCAGUUCCACACGGACGAUGAGAUCUUACCGCCGGAGCAGGAGCUGCCUCUCGCCACAAAAGUGUUUGUGCCGCGCCAGUUGGCUAAGCAGCUUUACAUGCUGUGGAUGGAGGCCGUGUACAACCAGCUGGAGGAGCAGCGGCAGCAGACUCUGCGGGAUGACGAGCAGUUCGCCCGCCUGCUAAAGCACCCGGGAUAUGCCGACUGCAGCGAGUCGCCGAGCAACGUGGGCGAGCUACUAGACAUGGAGCUGGCUUGGAGCAUUUACAAUAGCGAACAGCUGGCUGCCAAGCAGGCAGCCGAGUUGGCCGCCCGCAAUCAACCGCCCAACGACAUCGCCACGCACCUUACUAAGAUGAAGCUGUGCGAGGCCUUCCCUGACAUCCCCAACGAUACGGUUCUCGAAAUUUUUGCGGCUACAGGCAGCAACUAUGGGCAGACGGUCGAGGUUUUGGACAGCAACGCCCAAAGUUCGCUCAGCGGAGCCGAGCUGUAUGAAAAGGCUCUUCGCGAGGGUGAAAAGUUAAGUACCCAAGUGGCGAUGGAGGAACAGAAGCUGCAGCAGCAAAGGCAGUUGCAGCAGAACUCUUCCAGCCAAGGACAGCGCGCCAGCUCCAGUUCGUCCUCAAGUGGCCGGUCGCCGUUGAUGCACGAGGAGGCCAAGUGCGCUGCCCUCCGAGACUUCGAGGAGACUCGAAACAUGGCCGCCCAUCACUCUCAGCUGAAAGCGGAGUGCUAUUUGAAGGCGAAAGAGGCGGUACAGCGCGGCAACGGAAGCGUUGCGCUUUACUACUCGGAGAUAGCCAAGCUGCACAAGCAGAAAAUCGACGUGUUCAACCAGCGGGCAGCAAACUGCAUCAUGGAGGUGCAUCGGCACACCCAGAACAAUCCAGAUCUUCUGGACCUGCAUUACCUGCACGCCAUUGAAGCGAUCAGCUGCCUGGACCUGUUCCUCGACCGCCACAUCACUGUACUGCGCAACUCGACUCGCGUUUACAAGCAUGUCUUUAUUAUCACCGGUCGGGGGCUGCACAGCGCAAAUGGAGUGUCCACUAUCAAGAUCAAGGUGAAGUCGAGGCUGGGCGAACGGCGCUUGCGAUGGCAGGAGGUCAACCCAGGGCUGCUCCGCGUCAAGGUGUUCUCGGCGUCGCGUCACUCAAAGAACUUCUGAUUGGAGGCGGAUGGCACGUCCGGACUUCUGGACUAGAAUGGGUUUCAAACUGCCAAACAUUACCAAUGGAUAACUACCUCAUUCGUUAUUUGGCUUUUGUAUCACUGCUUACAAAAUUUAAAGUUGAAUUAUCCCCUUACUCCUAUCCCAGCCGCUGUAUUUUUCGAAUGUGUUCUAAAACCUAUGAAAACAUUCCCGUCUUUAUUACUCUACUUUACUUACAAUGCUCCGAUUUUGUUAUUUUAAGUGUAUGUAUAUUGCUUCCAAAAUACAGUUCGUGUUAGACGCGAAUUCGCAAAUCAACUCAGCAACGUGGUGCUAGUAUCUUUUAAUAAGGUAGAAAUUAGUGUGAAUACAUACUUAUUUUGAUACUAUUUUAUAUAAACUACCGCUAAGGCAUGAAAAAAUAUGUAAGAACCCUAUUAUUAAGGUAUCAGUUUUCCAGAAAUAUUAUUUAAAAUCUGUUCAAUGAUUUUUCAAAAAGAUGGUUCUUUUAAGUUUAUGUAUAUUUGCUUCCCAAAUAGACGCAAAUAACCCAGCAAAGAGGUGCUAAGGAUACCAAAUUCACAUACAUAUAUACUUGUUUGUACUAUUUCACUGAUACUACUGCUAAGGCAUGAAGCAAAAGGUUAAGAACCAUAAAAUUGAGGUAUUUGUUUUCCAAAAAUUAUUUUUAAAAUCGGUUGAGCUUUUCAAAUUAUCCUCUUCAAUAAAUUGAAUGGUUUCAGAA